UCCGCUCAUGCUUUUCUCUGCUUGCAUCAUUCUGCCGGGCCGCCGCCGCUGAGGCUCUGCCGCGACAAAAUGGUCCAACCGGUCCCAGAGACCAUCAGCUUUCCCGAGGAGGAGGAGAAGAUCUUGGAGUUCUGGACCCGGUUCAAUUGUUUCAAAGAGUGCUUAAAGCAAUCCAAAAGCAGGCCGAGGUUCACCUUUUACGAUGGGCCUCCCUUUGCCACGGGGCUCCCUCACUACGGGCACAUCCUGGCGGGCACCAUCAAGGACAUCGUCACCAGAUACGCCCACCAGAGCGGCUUCCACGUGGACCGGAGAUUCGGCUGGGACUGCCACGGCUUACCGGUGGAAUACGAGAUCGACAAGACGCUGGGAAUCAAAGGACCGGAGGAUGUGGCCAAGAUGGGCAUCGCAGAGUACAAUCGCCAGUGCCGAGGGAUCGUGAUGAGAUACGCGGCCGAGUGGAAGGUCACUAUCUCCAGGCUGGGCCGCUGGAUUGACUUUGAAAAUGACUACAAGACCCUGUACCCCCAGUUCAUGGAGUCGGUGUGGUGGGUGUUCCGGCAGCUCUACGACAAAGGGCUGGUUUACCGUGGGGUGAAGGUGAUGCCCUUCUCGACGGCCUGCAACACCCCGCUCUCCAACUUCGAGUCCCACCAGAACUACAAGGAUGUCCAAGAUCCCUCCGUCUUUGUCACUUUCCCUUUGGAGGAAGACGAAGCCGUCUCUUUGGUCGCGUGGACCACCACGCCCUGGACUCUGCCCAGUAACCUGGCGCUCUGCGUGAAUCCAGAUCUCCAGUAUGUGAAGCUUCGAGAUGCUGCCACCGGAAGGGUCCUGAUCAUGAUGGAAGCCAGGCUGGUGGCCCUGUACAAGUCGGAGAGCGACUACGUGAUCCUCGAGAGGUUUCCCGGCAUUUCCCUCAAAGGCAAGCGUUACAAGCCCAUGUUCGAGUAUUUUGUGAAGUGCAGAGAAAAUGGCGCCUUCACGGUGCUUGUGGAUCACUACGUAAAGGAGGAGGAGGGCACCGGCGUUGUGCACCAGGCGCCGUACUUCGGGGCUGACGACUACCGGGUCUGCAUGGACUCCAACAUCAUCCAGAAAGAUUCUGUCCCCGUGUGCCCCGUGGACGCGUCCGGCUGCUUCACAGCUGACGUCAGCGACUUCGCCGGGCAGUACGUGAAGGAUGCUGACAAGAAUAUCAUCCGCGCCAUCAAGGAGCGGGGCCGCCUGCUGCUCGCCGGCACGUUCAGCCAUAACUACCCCUUCUGCUGGAGGUCCGACACGCCGCUGAUCUACAAAGCUGUCCCGAGCUGGUUUGUCCGAGUGGAGCACAUGGUGGACCGGCUUCUGGAGAACAACGACCAGUGUUACUGGGUCCCCGAGUUUGUGAGAGAAAAGCGCUUUGGGAACUGGCUCAAAGAUGCUCGUGACUGGGCCAUCUCCAGAAACAGAUACUGGGGCACCCCCAUCCCCCUGUGGGUCAGCGACGACUUUGAAGAGGUGGUGUGCGUCGGGUCGGUGUCGGAGCUGGAGGAGCUGACGGGGGCGAAGGUUUCGGAUCUGCACAGGGAGAGCAUCGACCACCUGACCAUCCCCUCCCGCCUGGGGAAAGGCCCCCUGCGCCGCGUGGCCGAGGUCUUCGACUGCUGGUUCGAGAGCGGGAGCAUGCCCUACGCCCAGGUCCACUACCCCUUCGAGAGCCGGCGGGAGUUUGAGGAAGCCUUCCCUGCCGACUUCAUCGCCGAGGGCAUCGACCAGACCCGCGGAUGGUUCUACACCCUGCUGGUGCUGGCCACCGCGCUCUUCGGGAAGCCCCCCUUCAAGAACGUGAUUGUGAACGGGCUGAUCCUGGCCAGCGACGGUCAGAAAAUGAGCAAGCGGAAGAAGAACUACCCUGACCCAACCUCGAUCAUCAGCAAAUACGGAGCCGACGCCCUGCGGCUGUACCUCAUUAACUCCCCUGUGGUCCGAGCAGAGAACCUCCGCUUUAAAGAGGAGGGGGUCCGAGAUGUGCUCAAAGACGUGCUCCUCCCCUGGUACAACGCCUACCGCUUCCUCAUCCAGAACAUCCUCCGCCUUCGUAAGGAGGAGGGCGUGGAGUUCCUGUACAACGAGAACGCCGUCAGGGAGAGCGGCAACAUCACCGACCGCUGGAUCCUGUCCUUCAUGCAGUCGCUCAUCGGCUUCUUCGAGGUCGAGAUGGCGGCUUAUCGGCUGUACACCGUGGUGCCGCGUCUGGUCAAGUUUGUGGACGUGCUGACCAACUGGUACGUCCGGAUGAACCGGCGGCGGCUCAAGGGUGAGAACGGGACGGACGAUUGUGUCAUGGCCUUAGAGACUUUGUUCAGCAUCCUUUUCUCCCUCUGCAAACUCAUGGCCCCCUACACGCCCUUCCUCACGGAGCUGAUUUACCAGAACCUAAAGACCCUCAUUGACCCGGCCUCGGUGCGGGAGAAGGACACACUGAGCAUCCACUACCUCAUGCUUCCUCGCGUCCGGGAGGACCUGAUCGACAAGAAGACGGAGAACGCCGUCUCCAGGAUGCAGUCUGUCAUCGAGCUGGGCCGUGUCAUCAGGGACCGGAAGACCAUUCCAAUCAAGUACCCUCUGAAGGAGAUCGUGGUCAUCCAUCAAGAUCCCGAGGCCCUGAACGACAUCAGGUCUUUGGAGAAGUACAUCCUCGAGGAGCUGAACGUCCGGCGGGUGACCUUGUCUACGGAUAAGAACAAGUACGGCAUCCGGCUGAGGGCCGAGCCUGACCACAUGGUCCUGGGCAAACGGCUGAAGGCGGCCUUCAAGGCCGUGAUGGCCUCCAUCAAGGAGCUGACCAACGAGCAGCUGGAGCGCCUGCAGCAGACGGGUUCCCUCGUCGUGGCCGGCCACGAGCUGCACAGGGAGGACGUCCGGCUCCUGUACACCUUUGACCAGGCCCAAGGGAGCUCCUCUCAGUACGAAGCGCACUCGGAUGCUCAGGUGCUGGUGCUCCUCGACGUCACCCCCGAUCAGAGCAUGGUGGACGAAGGCAUGGCCCGGGAGGUCAUUAACCGCAUUCAGAAGCUGCGGAAGAAGUGCAACCUGGUCCCCACGGAUGAGGUCGCCGUGUACUACAGGUCGCCCUCGCAAGGGGACUACCUGGACACCGUCAUCCAGAGCCACACGGACUUCAUCCUGGCCACCAUCAAGGCGCCCCUCAAGCCCUACCCGGUGCCGCCGUCGGACAGAGUGCUCAUCCAGGAGGUGACGCAGUUAAAGGGCUCUGACCUGGAAAUCACCCUCACCCGAGGCGCGUCCCCCCCUGCUCCAGCCUGCGCUUACGUCAAUCUGAGCGUCUGCGUCAACGGGAAAGAGCGAGGCGGAGUCCUGCUCCUCGAGAACCCGAAAGGAGAUCACCGGCUGGACCUCGCCCAGCUCAAGGGCGCCAUCGGCAGCAUCUUCGGCCUCCGCGCGCCCGAGCUGUCCGUCUUCCACGAAAAGACAGAAGUCGUCAGCAAAACCGACUUGCUGAGCCUCAGCGGGAAGACCCUGUGUGUGACGGCCGGCCCCCCUCCGGCGGCGGCCCCGAGCCCCAGCGUUCUCUGUGGCUUCCUCAAUCUGCAGCUCCUGAACGCCAAGCCACAAGAAUGCCUGGCGGGGCAGGUGGGGACGCUGCUGCUGGAGAACCCGCUGGGCCAGAGGCCGCUCACCUACCAGGGCCUGCUCCACGAGGCCGCCAAAGUCUUCGGCCUGCGCAGCCGCCGCCUCCGGCUCUUCCUGAACGCGGCCCAGACCCAGGAAAUCCCGGCGGACGUCUCUAUGAAGUCUCUGAACACGCGGACGGUGUACGUGGACGUGUUGCCCACCACGGCCGAGUGCUGACCCCCACCCCCACCCCCCGAGGCAGUUUGGCCAAUAAAUGUGAGCCCCAGAGAA